GGCGUGACCUGCUUGACCACCUCUGCGAAUCCCGUCCUGCUGGUCGCGCGCAACCCGCAGCCCGUCGUCCUGCUCCGUGCCCACCAGCAUGUCUUUCGUCCCAGUGGCCGAGGAUUCCGACUUCCCCAUCCACAACCUGCCCUACGGCGUCUUCUCCACCAAAGGCAACCCAAGACCAAGGAUCGGCGUGGCAAUUGGUGACCAGAUCCUAGACCUCAGUGUCAUUAAGCACCUCUUCACUGGGCCUGUCCUCUCCCAACACCAGGAUGUCUUUGAUCAGCCAACUCUCAACAGCUUCAUGGGCCUGGGUCAGGCUGCCUGGAAGGAGGCAAGAGGAUUGUUGCAGAACCUGCUGUCCGCCAGCCAAGCCAGGCUCAGAGAUGACACGGAGCUUCGGAAGCGUGCAUUCACCUCCCAGGCUUCCGCCACGAUGCAUCUUCCGGCCACCAUAGGCGACUACACGGACUUCUAUUCCUCUCGGCACCACGCCACCAACGUCGGAGUCAUGUUCAGGGGCACGGAGAACCCAUUGAUGCCCAAUUGGCUGCACUUACCAGUGGGCUACCACGGCCGUGCUUCCUCCAUCGUGGUGUCUGGCACCCCAAUCCGCAGGCCCAUGGGACAGAUGAGACCCGAUGACUCUAAGCCUCCUGUGUAUGGUGCCUGCAAACUCUUGGACUUCGAGUUGGAAAUGGCUUUCUUUGUAGGCCCUGGGAACAAAUUUGGAGAGCCGAUCCCCAUUUCUAAGGCCCAUGAGCACAUUUUUGGAAUGGUCCUUAUGAACGACUGGAGUGCUCGAGACAUUCAGAAGUGGGAGUACGUCCCUCUUGGGCCGUUCCUCGGGAAGAGUUUUGGAACCACCAUCUCUCCGUGGGUGGUGCCCAUGGAUGCCCUCAUGCCCUUUGCUGUGCCCAACCCGGAGCAGGACCCCAAGCCCCUGCCGUAUCUCCACCAUGACCAGCCCUACACAUUCGACAUCAACCUCUCUGUCACCCUGAAAGGAGAAGGAAUGAACCAAGCAGCUACCAUAUGCAGGUCCAAUUUUAAGUAUAUGUACUGGACGAUGCUGCAGCAGCUCACUCACCACUCUGUCAAUGGCUGCAACCUGCGGCCGGGGGACCUCUUGGCUUCUGGAACCAUCAGCGGGCCUGAGCCAGAGAGCUUUGGCUGCAUGCUGGAGCUUUCGUGGAGGGGAACGAGGGCCAUAGAGCUGGGGAAUGGACAGACCAGGAAGUUUCUGCUGGACGGGGAUGAAGUCAUCAUCACAGGACACUGCCAGGGGGACGGGUACCGCAUUGGCUUUGGCCGGUGUGCAGGGAAAGUGCUGCCUGCCCUCUCACCGGCCUGAGGUUCUCUCUGCUUUCCUGGAAACACAAGGCUUGAGCACUGCCCUCUCCACCUCCCUGCGGGGGACCAGGGACCCCCACUGUGGCCGCAGGCCUGGUUCUUCAUUCAAUAAUAAAUAAAGCCAUCGUGCUCCCUCUC